AUGCGGCGCCAAAAAAAGGUCGAGCGCGGUCAAGAGGAGUCCGGCAAGAAAGUGGAAGACAAGGGGCCUAAACCAAAGCCACGCAAGCGUGUUUCUACAGUGCGCAAAGAAGCGGAUGUUGCCUGUGCUGGAACCGAUCCCGAUCCGAGUAACGACGUCACCACUGGCGUCAACAAAGAUACGGGGCCAGGGAGCGCGAGUCUUGCAGUCCAGUCGGUGGAGAUAGAGGGAUCGGCGACAGGGGGAAACCACGGAGGCGAUCCCCGCGCCGAGCAUGCCGCAACCAAGGAGUCCGAGGCGCCGACAUCGCAACACCAUCUGACGCUGCUCCAGCCGACUGUGGUCGAAGUUUCUGCAGCCGUGCUGGAUAAGGACAAGGUGGAGGAGCACGAGUCGGAGGGGCAGGUCGGUGGCUCUCCUCCUUCUGGUGGACGGGGGAGGCGUAGGCAUAGGAGGAGCGAUGGGGAGGACGAUUAUGACACCGCCGUGCCCGGGGACCUCACCACGCGGGCGAAGAGGCGGCAGACGACACGCAGUGCUGACGACGCCGGAGGCGCAGAAGUUGGGACAACGCGAGGCGCCAAGGAAGCUAGUGGCAAGGCGGGCGGUCAAGCAUUGCGCCAGAUUGGCCGACCCACAGCAAGAAGAACAUCCGGCGGAAGGAGAGGCAAGAAAGCAAUGACGGGGACGAGGCAGAAACGGGGCGAUGAACACCCUGGUGAUGCGGAGGAGGAGAAGGAUGAGGAGGAGGAUGCGGAGGAAGAGGAGGAUGAAGAGGAUGCGGAGGAGGAUGACACGGAUGAGGAGGAGGAGGAGGAGGAGGAGGAGGAGGAGGAGGAGGAGGAGGAGGAGGAUGAGGAGGAGGAGGAGGAGGAGGAGGAGGAUGAGGAGGAGGAGGAGGAGGAGGAGGAGGAGGAGGAGGAGGAACAGGGUGACGACGAGUAG